AUGAUAUCGCCUCAGCCUUCUGCACCUUCAUAUCAACCUCUCUCGUACGCAGAUCGCGCGAAGCAAGCGCAAAAGAUUACCCCGUCUCCCUCUCAGCAUCCUGCUGCGCGGAAUCUGUCGCCUGCCACGGGAACAUCUGCCGUAGGGCCUGAGACAGAUAUAGCCAUGAACGCCGGCAUGUCUGCCAUAUCGAGCUCCUCAUCAAUUGGUGAGGAUGCCGUGUCCUCUACUCCUUCAUCUAUCCAUCAGAGUUCUGGGCCGUCCUCAUCGCUUUCCUCUCAAACGAAUGGUGACCAUAAAUACCACGGUAAUAACUCACAGAAAGCAGCACCGCAGCCUCAACUCACCUCGUCUGCCGCAUCUAAGCCGGCGGCCGCUCCGCCGGUCAAUGUGUGGAAUGCGCGGAUUGAGCAGAUGGCUCAGGCUCGCACGCGAUCGCAUCAGGGAGUAGACUCGGCACAGAGACCCGCCAUUGAUUCAAUGGAGUCCAACGACAUCGAUGACCUCUCUGCCCGACCUGAUAAAUCAAAUACUCAGGACUCCACUGGUGCAUCUGCAUCUAGCUCGAGUGUCUCCCACAACGUAAUGAACCAACGGAUAUCACCUCCUAUGACGACAAAAUCGACGACCAGCAACCUCAACGGCAGCACAAAUGAUGAGGAUGAUGCAUUCGUGGUACGUCCACGACGUCCAAUACCCUCGAUUGUCGACGACAGCGACUCUUGGCCGGAAGUUGGCAAAUCAGUCAGCAGCGGGAUCAGACAGACGGAGGAAAAUGCACGCGGUGCACAAGGGCACGAUCCAGAGCGGUCGAGGGAGGGUUCGCAGAGUCAUGGUACAUCACGAAAAAGUGUGUCUCUUCUCCUUCUUCACUCCUCCUGUUGUGCGGUUGAGCUCCGUCAAUCGCUUUUCCAAAAGGAUGCUCCCGGGAUAGGUGAGAAAACAAAAUGGGUCCAAAUACCACCCUCCGAGCUGCAGGCCGCCGCCGACGCCCAGCAACGAUCGCAACAUGUCCGCAAUCGCUCUCAUCAGCAUUCAAGACAUCCAGGUUCCGGCUACGCAUCGGCUUCGGGAUCCGGCUCGCAAGCCCAGAGUCGCACGCAUUCGGCGGUGGGAACGCGUCACUCUUCACACGCGAGCUCUGUAUCGCAGUCGCAGUCGCAGUCGCAGAGCCGCACGGGAAGCGCGCACUCCAGUCCGCCUGUCUUCCCUCGUGGCGGGAAGAGGCUGCCUGAGGAGGGCGGCGCUUCUGGAUACAGUGCCGGAUCGGCUGCGGGUGUGUCAAGCGUUGCGAGCAGGAGCGUGAGCAAGCAGUCCUCGACGACGGGCUCACCGCAGACGUUCCAUCAGGCACUUCCGCCGACCGACUUCAUCCCAGGAGGCGCAAUGGGCUUUCGGCCAUUACCUCCCAGUCUUGCCAGAAGGGGAUCGGGCCCUGCGGAGCAAGCAAACGAUGUGCCGAGUGCCAACGGCAAUACCCCAGCGUACUACACAAGCCCACCUGCCAUGCCGCCGCCGGCGAACGCACGGCGUUCGUACCAUACACCACAUUCAUCUGGAUCUCCUGUACAGCCAUCAUACACGUUACCUACAGUCGCACCGAUACCGACUGUGUACCCGCCGCCACUGCAUGGCGGCCAAGGGCCGCAGUAUUCUGCCUACGCUGGUACUCCGCCGCACGCGGCCUACUCGCCGUACGGCUACGGCUACCCGCCCUAUGUGUACUGGCCACCAGCGCCGGUGCCACAAUCGCAUUCGCCUUCUGUAGAAGGCACACAAGCACCAGUGGCGUUCUCGCAACCUCGAGCUCCCAGUGAACGCGAGUCUGUCACCAGCCAGAGAGAAGGAGGGUCUGUGAUGCCGCCUCCAACAGCAUAUACGUCUGUUUCUGAGGUGCAGAGAGAGGGGUCUGAAGCCGAGGCGAGCGAGUUGCGGACAGUGCGUGCGGAGAGAGGGCGCAAGGCGCGAGAGCUGAGCUUCGGCAGCAUUCGGCUGGAGGAGGUCAGCGCUCAGGCUGCAGCGCCUGAGGCCUCCGCGAAGGACGAUGCGAGCAUCCUGGGGCUGAGUGUGGGCGAGGCAAAGGAGGGAGGGCAGGAAGAGAGUGCGGAGAAGCCAGCUGCUCCGUUUGCCAUCGGCGUAGCGCCGGGAGAAGCUGGUCCUUCCCGCAUACGCUCGCGCACCCGCACGCAGUCGAAAGGCCACUCGUGGGUGUUGGGCGAGGCUUCCGUCGCUGCUGCGGUAUCGCUCAUAGAGCAAUCGGACGGGUCGGGGCAGGCGACCAAUGAUGCGGAGGGCGCUGAACCAUCGGCGGUGGGUCAGAAAGGCGCUGAGGAGAUUGAAGCUGGGAUUAAGGUGAUCGAUCUCACUGAGCCCAUAGAGAUGAAGUGGGUAUUUGGCACGACCAAGCCUUCCGACUCGGAGAUCGUCGAGAAUGGAGAGAAGUCUCAUGCUGGUGCUGUGUCGUCGGAGUCUGCCCUGCCCGCCAGCUCCUUACCUCCCAUUGUGACGUCCACCAACGGUCUAGCAUCGGCACACUUGGCUACUUCCAGCGACUCUUCUGCAGUGCCUCCUGUGUCAUCUGGCGACGCGGCAUCCAGUGACGAGUGGAAGGUCAAGGAUUAUGGGUACGGCUUUGGGCGCAAGGACUACGCACCGCCCAUGACGGGCGAAGAGCGGAACGCACGGGAGCGACGCGAGUUCCAACCCGACAAGGAGCACUUUGGGCGGCCGAGACGUGGCUCUGUAGGUGGCGGGUAUGCCUACGAGCGCGGUGGCUUUGGUGGGCGCCGAGGGCGUGGAUUCGGUGGGCCUGGUGGGCGGGGUGCCUACCAUUCGAGGACACAUUCGAGGGGAGGCAAUGUAUACCAACCCUCCCAGUCGCGGCAGCCUCCCUUCGUGAUGCAGCCGUCGACACAGCAGGCGGACCAGAAUGGUUACUAUGCACCUUUGUCCACGGGAUAUUAUGCCUCGGCAUAUGACCCGUAUGCGUAUUCGUAUGGAUCCCCUCCCCAAAAUCUUCCGUCUGUGCCGCCGCUGCCGAUGCCGCAGUCUACCUUGUCGUUCCCGCUGGAUCCUACUCGAUACUACCUCCUGGGCCAGCUGGAGUACUAUCUAAGCCCACAAAAUAUGGCGCAAGAUUUUUUCCUCCGGCAAAGGAUGGACUCCCGCGGCUGGAUAUCUAUACCCCUCCUUGCGUCUUUCAAGCGCGUCAAGCAGUUGACUUUGGACCAGCAGUUGGUGAAGGAUGUCUUGAUCCUUUCCAGCUUGGUUGAAGUCAAGGAUGAGUGGGUUCGCAUGCGCCAGUGGGAGCAAUUCGUACUGCCAAACGCGGUCGAAAGCACAGUGGACGGCGAGCGAGAGUCUAGCCAAGAGCAUACUACACAGCCGCAAGGUGGCGUGGCGUCUGCCAAGGCCGACGUUGCAAACGUGGAAGAAGGCGACGAGGGUGACGGGGAGGAAGAGGAAGAGGAAGAAGUCGUGUUCGUGCUCGGCAAGGACGCCGAGCCGUCAUGGGCACCUUGA